GCGACCGAAGCGGGCUUCCUUCUCUCAUUGAUCUGACAGCUUCUCCUGCGGUAGUUCAACAUGCUUCAACGCAGCCGACCCAACAAGGGCUGCGAGAAGAAAAGGGGAACCUAGCAGCUGUUAUGGGACCUAAUGAGUUUUAAAAGCUUUUUAUGUGGCAUUAACCUACAAAAGUAGACCUACAAUGUCUGUCAAAGAAGGCAGGCCAUCAUUCUGAGCGCUUUCAAUCAACCAUAGCGUUUAUUGACAUCUCAUUUCGACUACCAAGAGGGAGUUUGUUUUAUUCUUCUUCUUUGGAUUGAAAUGUCGUUUGAACUGCCUUGCCUCGUUUUCGAUAAAUAAGUACGUUUUCACAAGGGGAUGGUAAGGUAACAAGUUGUUGCUGCUCUUGUCACCGGUGAAAUUGCCGCUGAACUCCCGGAGAAGAAGCAGCAUACACCGGUAUACGACAACAUUGUUUUGGUAGUCACUUUUUUCAUCCGGAUUCUGUGUGUUGUUGGGCAACCGAAGCAUGUCCCAAAGCAGAAUUAUGGAAUUUGAACAUUUUGAAGACAGGGAGAAGAAAUACCGGUCAUCUAAGGCCAGCGCCUCCGGGUCCCACUCCAGUCUGAGGGGUAACGGUCUGGUGCCAAGUCCAGCGCACAGCGCGCACUGUAGCUUCUACCGAGCGCGCACCCUCCAAUCCCUCACGUUGGAGAAGAAAGCCAAAAAAGUGCGUUUUUACCGCAAUGGGGACAAGUACUUUAAGGGCCUGGUGUACGCCGUGUCCAACGACCGUUUUAGGUCAAUGGAUGCCCUGCUUAUGGAACUCACUCGGUCCCUGUCGGACAACGUGAACCUCACCCACGGAGUGCGCGCACUGUACACCGCAGAUGGAAGCAAGAAGAUCUCGAGUCUAGAUCAAUUAGAAGAGGGCGAGAGCUAUGUGUGUGCCUCCAACGAGCCCUACCGUCGGCUGGACUACACCAAGAACGUCCACCCCAGCUGGUGGGUGGGCAAGACGGCCACGUCUCGCUCGCUCUCGGCGCUCUGCGGCGGCGGCGAGCAGCUGCUGCUGCAGCGUGAGUCCAAGGACUUCAUCAAGCCCAAGCUGGUGACCGUGAUCCGCGGCGGCGCUAAGCCGCGCAAGGCCGUGCGCAUCCUGCUCAACAAGAAGACGGCCCAUUCCUUCGAGCAGGUGCUCACCGACAUCACCAACGCCAUCAAGCUGGACACGGGCUUGGUGAAGAGGCUGUACACGCUGGACGGCAAACAGAUGACCUGUCUUCAGGACUUCUUUGGGGAGGACGAUGUGUUUGUCGCCUGUGGUCCAGAGAAGUACCACUACGCCCAGGAUGACUUUGUGCUGGACCCCAGCGGUAAGGCUGCCACAGCCUUCAUGACUGAGUGCCGGGGGAUGAGGUCAUCGUCCCACUCUCGCUCUGCCAGUGCCCACAGAGCCGGGGCUUCCCGCAGCCCGGGGCCCUCCCGACGCAGCAAGUCCCCGGGAGCAGUGAGGAGACCCCUGAACUUCUCCACCAGCCAGUCCCCGCUCAGGUCCCCAGUUAACGGGGGUCCGGGCAGCCAGAUCUCCACUCCGAGGUCCACCAAGUCCUCUAGCCCCUCCCCCACCGGCCCCCACACAAUGCAGGGAUUUAAGGUUCCGCCAUCGCACCACGCCUCUGCCCCCAACAUCAACGGCUCCUCCAACCACCGCCACCGCCACCGCCACCAGCCCCAGGAACACACCACCCCCAGCCCUGAGGUCAACGGCAACGGCUGUCUGCCCUCCUCGUCCCCCAUCCUGGACAAGUAUGAGGUCGGCAAGGUCAUCGGAGACGGGAACUUCGCCGUGGUCAAAGAGUGCGUGGAGCGGGCAACAGGAAAAGAGUACGCGCUGAAGAUCAUUGACAAGGCCAAGUGCACUGGGAAGGAGCACCUGAUAGAGAAUGAGGUGGCGGUGUUGAGGAGGGUGAAGCAUCCUAACAUCAUCAUGCUGAUGGAGGAGGUGGACAGUCCCACUGAACUCUGCCUGGUCAUGGAGCUGGUCAAGGGGGGGGAUCUGUUUGACGCCAUCACGUCGUCGGCUAAGUACACGGAGCGGGACGCCAGCGGCAUGGUGUACAACCUGGCCGGGGCCCUGAAGUACCUGCACGCCAUGAACAUAGUGCACCGGGACGUGAAGCCAGAGAACCUGCUGGUGUUUGAGUACCCGGACGGAACCAAGUCCCUGAAGCUGGGGGACUUUGGCCUGGCCACGGUGGUGGAAGGGCCCCUCUACACCGUGUGCGGGACCCCCACCUACGUAGCCCCCGAGAUCAUCUCAGAGACCGGGUACGGGCUGAAGGUGGACGCCUGGGCGGCGGGCGUCAUCACCUACAUCCUGCUGUGUGGCUUCCCCCCCUUCAGAAGUGAGAGCAACCAUCAGGAGGAUCUGUUUGAGCAGAUCCUGGAGGGCCGGCUGGAAUACCCCAGCCCAUACUGGGACCUCAUCAGCCACUCCGUCAAGGAGCUGAUUGCCCAUCUGCUGCGGGUGGACCCCGAGGAGCGCUACUCAGCACAGGACGUCCUGUCCCACCCCUGGAUCACCGCCAACAACAGCACCCCGACCGAGCACACAGCCCUAGAGAACAACAUGAAGGUGGAGGUGUCAGGUAAACUGAAGACGCAUUUCAACACUGCGCCAAAGAACAACAACACCAGCGCGGGUGUGUCCGUCAUCAUGAACACGGCCCUGGACAAGGAGGGCAUCCACCUGACCGGACCUCGUUGCCAUGGAGACCAAACCAUGCCACUGUCGCCGGGCAAGAGCAUCCCUCCGGCCAAAGUGGCAGACCCCGGCAAAGAAUCGCUGACCCCUCGACCGGCGUCUCCCACCGAACCUGCUGAGCUCCAACCCCCCGGGGAACGGGACCCCUGGGCUGCCCCCCUGGUGGAGCCCAGAGAGCCCGAGGCCGCACCGCCCUCACCCUCCGUAGACUGCUGUCCCCCUGCUUCUCCUCCCGCUCCUUCAGAGGGGCUGUGUGUGUCCCCCUCUCCUGCAUCCACCGGCCACCAGGACUCCCCCGCGGGAGACCUCCAGCCUCCCGCCUCCCCCCCGGCUCCUCUGCCCCAAGACCCGCGAGUGACCACGCCUUCACCAUCCCCCCCACCAGCUCUCCUCCCCUGCCCCCCACUAACCGCCCCCGCCAGCCCCGCCAGCUGCCCCGACGCCUCCUCUCCCAUCAAAGCAGCUCCUACUCCCCUCCCUUCACCGGCCAAGCUAGAUUCUCCUCCACCCUCCUCCCCUACUCCUCCACCCUCCUCCCCUACUCCUCCACCCUCCUCCCCUACUCCUCCACCCUCCUCUCCUACUCCUCCACCCUCCUCUCCUACUCCUCCACCCUCCUCUCCUACUCCUCCACCCUCCUCUCCUACUCCUCCACCCUCCUCUCCCUCCAAACCAGCCCCUUCUCCUCCCCCUUCACCGAGCAAACUAGAUUCUCCUCCCACCUCCUCUCCAGCCAAAGCAGAAUUUCCCCCUCCCUUCUCUCCCACCAAUGAACCACCGUCUCCACCUCCCCCCUCCUCUCCUCCUCCUCUAUCAGCCUCUCCCUCCAAACCAGCUCCUUCUCCGCCCCCUUCACCAUCCCAACUAGAUUCUCCCCUCCCCUCCUCUCCCACCAAAGCAGAAUCUCCUCCUCGCUCCUCUCCCACCAAAGAACCUCCGCCUCCUCCUCCCCCCUCCUCUCCUCCUCCCCCCUCCUCUCCUACUCUGUCCGCCUCUCCCUCCAAUCCAGCUCCUUCUCCGCCCCCUUCACCGACCAAACUAGAUUCUCCCCUCCCCUCCUCUCCAACCAACGCAGAAUCUCCUCCUCCCGUCUCUCCCAUCAAAGCUUCUCCUCCUCCUCCUCCCCCCUCCUCCAUUACUACUCCCCCCUCAUCUCCCCCUGCCAAACCAGCAUCUCCUCCCCCCUCCUCUCUUACUACUCCUCCCCUGUCUCCCUCCAAACCUACUCCUCCUGCUCCCUCCUCCCCCGCCAAACAAGCUUCUCCUCCAACCUCCUCUCCAACUCCUCCCCCCUCGUCUCCCCCUGCCGAACCAGCCUCUCCUCCCCCAUCAUCUAUUGGUCCACCUCCUUCCUCUCCCACCAGCCUGACUCUUCCUCCUCCCCCCUCCCCUCCCCCUACACAAGGUUCUCCUCCCUCCCAUUCUUUUCCUCCUCCUCCCUCCUCCUCUUCCCCAGAACCCACUUCUCCUCCCCCCCAACCAGCUGCAGAAUCCUCUCCCUCCUCCCCUCGGCCCCCCAAGGAAACACCUGCUGUCUUCUUUUCUUCCUCUCCUCCUCCUUCCAGUCCACCAUCUCCCGGGCCAGCACUCUCUGCUGCCCCUAGUGGCCAGACCCUCUCCUCAUCCCCCUCUGGUUCCACACUGAACACGGCUCCUCUCCCCUCCCCACCUCCUCCUCCUCCUCCCAUCCAGCUGAGCAUGUUCCCCUCUCCCCCAGCCACUCCUCCCCCCAGAGCUUUGAGCCCACCCUCCCCUCCCGCUGACCUGCCCACCCCUCCCUCACCCAGCCAUUAAGAGAUGGAGCCGGGUGAAGGGUUGGCUUGACUCCGCCCGUGAAUGAGCCCCACUUAAACGGCUACUGCGACCCGGUCUGCAGUAGCUAUUCCUCAGCUUUAGCACAAUCUCCACGACCCCCCCCCUCCCCCACACACACUGAGGUGAAGGAAAGGUUUGUGUGGCUUGUUGGUUUAUUUUUUAAAGGGGUCAUGUAAAAAUGGUCAUGUGAAUGAAAUAUGACAAUAUUUUCUUGAGGGGUCGUCUUUGAUAAUGUCCUGAAUACGAAUUGAGAUUAAUGUGAAUUAUUUUCUUUAUUAUUAUUUAUUUACCGAACAAGGUUGCCCAUUGUUGUUUUGUGACUAAUUAUUCCUUGCACUUAUUUUUUGUUGAUGUGGUGUCCUCUUGCUUGUGAGCGAAAUCCUACGAAAAGUAUUUCAGCACAUCAAAUACAUAUUUAUUUCUGGCCUGGCUGCUUGUAAAAACAGCUGGAUUAGUUUAGAGAGGCUAGUAGAAACGUAGAUUCCUCAUACAAUGUUUGCAUUUACCUUGGUCAAACCUAGCUUUGUUGCCUUUUGGAGUUUUGUUUGUUAGUAUUACUUCUCAAUAAAUAAAGUAUAUACUUGUAGCUAGUAGUUAUACAUGCAACCAGCUGAACAGGAAGGAUUGUGUGAUAAGAGGAGUAGUUCUUGAGCAGAAAUGGUCUGUUGUACCGAAGCCAUCUGUGGACAUCCAACAGACUUGAGACCUAAGAUUAAGCUAUGGUCAUGUUGCGUCCUACUGUCAUCUUAAACACCAUACACAACACUACGAAUGAAAUAUAUUGGGGUCUUAAGCCAUUACAAGGCAGAUGCCCUAAACUGCAUCCCACAAUAAGGCUGUAACACUGCUCCUCUCAUAAUUUCGGCAGUUACAAAUUCAAAAUGUUCAACGAUGUACAUGGAUCCAGGAAGGAAAGACACUACAUAAAAUAUGUUUUUGUGUAAGUUUCAAAGAACAACUUGCUUUGCUACUGCGCCGAAAAGGGACUUAAGACUUUGAGCAACAGUUUAGUUUAUAUAGGUAGAGUGAGUUGGAACAAAUAAAUGCAUUUUGAUUAAGAAAAAAUAAAUAAAAAUGCUUCAAAAAACGUAGUGUGACCGUUAUGUUAACGCAGAAAAAAAUGUGGCCCGCAUUGAAGUUAUAAAAUAACAUUUUAUUGUCAUAGCUCUGCAAACACCAAACACACUCCAGAUUGAGCCAUACAUAACGAGAUUAUAUUCUUUUUGGGAUUUAAUUGAAUACUUGAAACCACACCAAGCUCAGUUAAAACCAUAAUGGAAUGUUUGGUCGAAGCCAAGGCAAGACAUUUCACAGAAUCCAGACGACGCGAGCUACGACUCAUCCUCGCAUGUUAUGUUUUUCUUUUAAACGUCACACAUCAUAGUCUGAAGAAGAACCAAAAGAGAGAGUGACAAAACACAAAACAAAAAUAAAUGGAGCUCGACAGAAAUGCCGUCUUUCAGUUCACAAUCAUCUCCGGUUGGACGAGAAGGUUGUUGCCCCGGAAACAAAGAAAACAAUCCGAGGUACUAAGAAAUCUAGAGUAGACCUGAUAACUAAUAGACACAUGACUAAUAGAACGGCGAUAAUCAAGUCCAACACUCAAAACUAGAACUUCCAUUGUGGAUAUGUGAUCAGAAAAGAGAGCUAAACCCUUUGCUUUUGUACUCUGAAACAUUAAAAAAACGAAAACAAAAAAAAUCGAACGCAAAAAUUAUCCAUGACAUAAAUUGCGACGGGAAGUCGAACCAGGCCUCCCAUCCGCAGAAAUCUGAAAUGCUUGCGCCGGCCAGCGCAGUCCAGUGCAAUUGAACGAUAGUUAUUGAUUAAGUUAAUGAUUGCGACGGGUAGGUAGUUGAGUGGGGAACCAUGCAAAGGGUGAGGGUGAGGGGAGGUGGGGGGGGGGAGGCAGUCACUCGUGAAGCACAAGGGGACCAGAAACAAGAGGGUUACAUUGAGACAGGUGUUAGGUAUACGUGUUUAACCUUCAUUUCACUGCGACGUCCUGUUACAAGGACUCCUCCGCCACUGUGUACUGUCUGACGUAGUGAACCCUGUGGGACGCCACAGUGGCAUAGGGCAUAUUAAAAAUACAACACCUUUUAUUUAUUUAUAUAUAUGUGUGUAGGUUUCAUUUUUUAUAUAAGUCCCCACCGUCA